AUGCACACCCGCGCGUCCUUUGGUUCUAGCAUCAUUGAAAGCUCCCCCAUACGGCAAUCGCCUACGCGAAAUGGCUCCCGCAACCACCGGGCAGCAGCCGCACGCGAUCCAUACGAGAGUCCCUCUCGGCAGAUGCAGCUCGAGUUCAACCUGAAGCUCAGCAUAUCUGACCGCAACUUCAAUGACCAGCUCGACCAGGCUGCCGCAGAGCGCGCACGGCUACACGAAGAACAGCUUGCACAGGCUGCGGAGGAGCAUGCUAAAGUGCGGAGGGGCGCAGAGCUCGAGCUGCAGAGGCUGACCCUCGAGGAGGAAAAGGCACGCCUGCGAAGUCAAGAGGAACAACAGCGCGCUAUUGAGCAGCUGCAGAAGGAGAAGGCUCAGCAGCAAGCAGAGGCGCAGAGGCGGCAACUCGAAGCACAACGGCGGGAAGAAGAAACCGCGAAGCAGGCAUUGGAGCAUCAGAGAAAACUUCAGGAGGCUGAGGCACGCCAGAAAGCGCAAAAGGAGCAGGAGGCUGCCGCAGAAAGACAACGGAAAGAGAAGGAAGAGGCAGAUCGGAGAGCCAAAGAGGCUGCAGAGAAAACUCGAGCAGAGCAAGCAACGCAGCAAGCCGCCCAACAGGUUACACAGCAACUGCAAGCACCCGCUGCUGCCGCCCAACAGCCAGCCGCUGCGAAGACUCCCGCCGCAACGCAAGCGCCUAACGAUGCUAUUAACAAUAUACAUACAAAAUAUCUGGAACUGCACAAGCGGAUGAAGGAGUUUCGAGUCGCAUUCUGGAAUGAGAAUAAAAGGGCUGGUCAACCGCUUAAGGAGCCUAUCGGCAAUGCGCGACGCAACCUGCGCCUCAAGCUCGGCCAGAUCAACGUCGCUCGCGCAACCAGUCAGGCAUCAAUCAAGAGUCUGCGAGCCGACUCUUUCGACAUUGCACUCAACACCCCAGGGCCGAUGAUCGACAUCCGCCCCUUUCUAGUCGGCCAGACAAUACCGCCCCUCGCCAACGAAGCAGAGGCACAGUACCCUGCCUUCUUGUUAUAUAUGUGGAUCAUGUUUGAGAAAUUCUUGCUCAAGCAAUUCGAGAAGGAAGCCGCGAAUGAGGAUGGGCGCAUCAUUCAGGAACUCGGUCUGAUCGCUGCCAGUCUCUUCGCCGACCAAAAGUACAUGUGGAGGGGCAUCACCCUCGUCGACGUCCUCCUCGCAAAGAUGCACCACAUCUGCCCCAUCAUGUUCGGCGUCCGCGGCAACAUGAACACUGUCCAAGGCCAGAAGCGCCUGGGCUGGAUGCCCAUCGACAAGCAGCCCGCGACCGGCGAAAUCUACAUGCAGCGCAUCCGCGGUCUGUCCGCCGGCUUCGCCGCCAUGUCGCUGCGCACCUUCAAGGCGGCCCCUGCGAUCCCUGUCUCCGCGUACUGGCGCUGCAUCGUCCAGGUCUGCAACACCCCGCAACAAGACCUGUACCCCGGCCACUUUGCCAUUCUCAACGGCCUGCUGCGCGACUUCCACAAGAAGUUCCUCGGCUUCUACGGCGUCCACGCCAUGGCCGUUCUCAGACGCGCUGUCGUCGACGUCCCCGCCCGCGCGCCCGACCGGUGCAAGGACGCGGCUGGCACCAUCAGCGUGUUCCCCGAGAAAUGGAAGAGGCGGGAACUCGACGAGAAGGCGGCAGCGGCGGAGAAGGCGUAA